CGUCUUCCGUCACAUGGCUGUCCAGCUUGAACAGAGCACAGGAGCUGUCGCGGUUCAUAUUCAACAUGUCGUGGGUCAAGUCUGUACCCAGCGGUGGGGAUGAUGUUUUUGACGAGAACGGAGACGAACUUUAUCUAAUAGGAAAAGAAUGGGCCUCCAGCAUGAAGAAGCGGAUCCGGGACGGGUACGUGGACGGUGCUGAUGCGGGAGAGGAGGCCUCCCUCCAGCUGGGCUUCAACCAAGGCUUCCGGGAGGGAGCAGCCCAGACUGCCGCCGUGGGUCGCCUGAAAGGCGUCGUCAGUGCCCUGUGGUGCUGGUUCCAGAUCCAGCACCCGGAUACCCCCGUCCCCACCUCAGUGACUGAGCUCCUGCAGCAGGUGUCCCAGCACGAAGACAACAUCAGAGACAGAAUCCAGCAGGGUCUAGAGAACCCCACUCCCAGUGUGAGCCAAGUGUCGGACAGCAUGGACGAGCUGGAGGUGGACCAGAGGGACCCGGGUCAUUGUCACGGAGGAUGUAUGGAGGCAGACUGUUGUCAGCGUGGGAACACAAAGAGUCCGGACCCUCUCCCUCAGACUCUGAGUUCAGGAUCCAAGGACUGGUCGGUAGGAGGAAGCUUUGAGGCGCUACUUCAGCGAUGCUUGGACCUGGUGUUCGAACUCGGGCUUCCACAGGAGUUGGUGACCCACAUCGAGGAGCUGAGGACUCGGAUCUGAUGUGAACUUAAACUCAUCCUCUGUAAAUGAUGUAAAAUUGAUUUUUGCAAUCAAAACUUUUGUGUAUAAUGAUUGAAAAAUGAUUGAGUUAUUUAUGAGUUUAUUAUGCGUUUAAAACAAAUGAAAUGUGUUCUCUUGCUGCAAACUUAUUCAAGAUUUGAUAUUCACUUGCAGUAAUUGACAAUUAAUAACUACGUUGUAACUCGAAACACUCACAUGAAUCGCUAGAAUGUAAUUUUCAAUCGUGAUGCUUAAUUUCCCAUAACAUGGUUAUAUACAUUGUUUUUUUCUGCUUGGUAAAAUCACCUAUAAUUAUUUUAAAAAACUAUAUUCAUAAUGUUAAAAGACCUGUUAACUGUGCAUGUCAUUUGUAUAAUGACGCUGUUAAAAAAUGUAUAGAAUUCAACUAAAUACACACUAUUGAGUACCGUGCUGUCAUUUUUUUCCAUCUGUUCAAAGAAAUUAAUUGAUACAAUUUAAGGUUAAAUAUUCAAAUUUAAAGUACAAUGCCACCAUCCCCUCUUAGAACUGCUGUGAAAUAAUGCUGCUGUAAAUGACAUAAAACAAAACAUCACGUUUCAGGACAUAAUCUAACGUCAAAAUUUGUAUAAAUAUAUAUUUGAAAUUGAAUGGAAAUUGACUUAUUACACGUGUGUAAAUAAAUUAU